ACCACUGCGAUACGUACACAGAGUUGUGGGCCCCAGCUGAGGGGCUGCUUGUCUCCUGGUCAGUGCAGGAGGGGCAUUGGCUCAUCAGAUAGCCAAGAUUAAGCUCAGGGGGCUUUAGGACCAAACAAGCUGCUUUUCACAGAAGGACCACCGGCACCAUGAGAGCUGUCCACUACUGUCCGCUGCUCCUGCUUACCCUGGUCCUGCUAACAACCAACAGUGAGGCUCUGCGAUGUAUUUCAUGUAUGGGCUCCAACAACGAGGACUGCAACCUACAAGGCUCCAAAUCGUGUCCAAGCUUCUCUGACGCCUGCGCUGUGGUGGUGGGCCAUGACAGUGGGGUGAUGAAGUCAUGCUCCUACAAGUCUUUCUGCAGUCAGGCGAACAGCCAGGGCUACAGGGCGCCGGGCGUCAGAGUCAACUGCUGCUACAGCAACGACUGCAACGUGUCAAGCUUCGCCUCGUCACUGCAGGGACUCAACUAUCUGCUGCUGCUCCUGCCUCUGUUGUUCCACUGCUUUUUCAAGUAGAUGUUCCGGCUCAACUGCAUCGUGCCAACAAGUAUCCACCUGAAAGUCUCAACGCCGACCACUGCUGUUCUCAGUCAGUUCGCCCCCCCCCCCCCAAAAAAAAAUCAGCCAAAUAACGCUGCGUAAUUUGACGCUACACAUUUUGUCCUACUUUUCACCACUGCACUCAAUGUAAAUACUGACAUCCCAGAGUUGCUGAAGAGCUCGAGGUGCUAGGUGUGACUGCAUGAAUUAUAUGCACGAUAUUGGAUUGAAUCCAUUAAGCGGUGCUCAAGUAGAAGCGACUCUCAGUGGAUUUCGCUAAGCCAAUAAGUAGAGGAUCCUGAGGGAAGCGCUGAAAUAACAGGCAGAGAUCAUUUAUUAUUUGCUUAUUACAUUAAAGAGGGGAGAGAUGCGGUUCGAGUUCUUUUAGUUCAUUUGCUCAACAAACCGUUUGUGCAGUUACAGAACAAUAAGCUUGAGAAACUAUUGACUUUUCACCUUUAAAGUCACAUUUCUGCCGAAUCUGUUGUCUCUUUUCUUACCUACAUACCCACACGCCAAAGUUAUUCUAGCAGAGCUUGUGCUGUAGGAGAUGCCAGUAAGGCUAAAUAUGGCACCAAUAGUUCAGUCAACAUGUCGUUACAUCAUCAGCGCCUCCACCUAUCAAUCACACAUCCGAUGAGCAGUGCAGGAUAUCUUGAGAGUUGGCGAGGACACACUUCUCACACACGCAAAUCUACACAAGCCUUUUACAUGGCAAGGCAUGUUACAAUGAUGAGGUUAAUCCACUGCGUUUGAAGUCACUCAAAGAAUUACUGAGUUUAUAAACAGAGUGAGUACGAGCACACCUCACCACAGGUUGAGGCCUGUACUCUAUAAGUCGAGGCUACUGUACAUAUUGUAUAGGAAAUGUCUGUGAACGACAAUCCACACUGUUUACUGAGGUUUUUUGUGAUAUACAUUCAAUCUAUAACCUGCAGAAGUUACAGUAAUCUAUACCGUAAAAAGUCCUAUAGCAUAAACUGCACACUGUAAUCUUAUAGUGUGCGCGUUCUGUUUCUUGUUUUUAUGUACAUUUCUCCUUGUAGAUUCACUUUAAAAUUCUAAUGUAAUUUGAACAAAAAUAAACUAAUUGUGCAUAUUUUGCCCAUUGUACAUAUGAAAUUGUGAGUUAAUGUAUUCAACUACUGAAUGACACAAUGGAGCCAAUUUAAUAUGUGCAAACAAUAUAAAAUACCUUUUG